GAACUACUCCUCGCCUUCUCCUACUUUUAAAACUCAUCAUAAAUAAAAAAGUAGCCGGGAAAAAAAAAAAGUCUAUUUCUCUUUCCUUUAAAAUCCAAAUCCUAUAAACUCAUAGCUUCUCUGUUCUUUACUUAUACCUCACGUUAUAUAUAGAGUUUCUAUAAAUGCUUCUCUAUCCUCCCGAAUAAAUCUUCCUCACUUCUCUCAUUUCCACACUCACCUUCCUCUCUAUAUAUUAAACCCUAUCUACUUCACUCUUCUUCUAACUCUAAUCUAUCUCUCUCUCUCUUUCUCUUUACUCUGUUUUUGUUAUCUCUCUAUCUUUCUCUUAAAGAAACAAACAUGACGGUGGUUAGAGAGUACGACCCGAGCCGAGACUUAGCCGGCGUGGAGGACGUGGAGCGACGGUGUGAGGUCGGACCAAGCGGCAAGCUUUCUCUAUUCACCGACCUUUUGGGUGACCCGAUUUGUAGGAUCCGACAUUCACCUUCCUAUCUCAUGUUGGUGGCUGAGAUGGGUACGGAGAAGAAGGAGAUAGUGGGCAUGAUUAGAGGAUGUAUCAAAACCGUUACAUGUGGCAAAAAACUCGAUUUAAAUCAUACUAAAUCCCAAAACGACGUCGUUAAGCCUCUUUACACUAAACUCGCUUACGUUUUGGGCCUUCGUGUCUCUCCUUUCCACAGGAGACAAGGGAUUGGGUUUAAGCUCGUGAAGAUGAUGGAGGAAUGGUUUAGACAAAACGGUGCUGAAUAUUCGUAUAUUGCUACUGAGAACGAUAAUCAAGCUUCUGUGAAUUUGUUCACCGGAAAAUGUGGUUAUUCUGAGUUUCGUACGCCGUCGAUUUUGGUUAAUCCGGUUUACGCUCAUCGAGUUAAUGUCUCUCGGCGAGUCACGGUUAUUAAACUAGACCCGGUUGAUGCUGAGACGUUGUACCGAAUCCGGUUUAGCACAACAGAGUUUUUCCCGCGGGAUAUUGAUUCUGUUCUCAAUAACAAACUCUCGCUCGGGACAUUCGUAGCAGUGCCACGUGGAAGCUGUUAUGGAUCCGGGUCUGGUUCAUGGCCCGGUUCGGCUAAAUUCCUCGAAUACCCGCCCGAGUCUUGGGCCGUAUUAAGCGUGUGGAAUUGUAAAGACUCGUUUCGGUUAGAGGUACGUGGCGCGUCGAGAUUAAGACGCGUGGUGGCUAAAACGACGCGAGUGGUUGAUAAAACGUUGCCGUUUUUGAAACUCCCUUCGAUACCAUCUGUUUUUGAGCCUUUUGGGCUUCACUUUAUGUAUGGAAUUGGAGGAGAAGGUCCACGCGCGGUGAAGAUGGUGAAAUCGUUGUGUGCUCACGCGCAUAACUUGGCUAAAGAAGGAGGUUGUGGUGUUGUGGCGGCGGAAGUUGCCGGAGAAGAGCCGUUACGGCGAGGGAUACCACAUUGGAAAGUGUUAUCGUGUGCCGAGGAUCUUUGGUGUAUUAAACGGCUUGGCGAUGAUUAUAGUGAUGGUGUUGUUGGUGAUUGGACUAAAUCGCCACCUGGCCUUUCAAUUUUUGUAGACCCUAGAGAAUUUUAAACUUUUUUUUUUUCUUAUAAGUUAUUAGACUUUAGAUCCUGUUAUUAGGGUCUUUAAGUUUUAGAAUUAAACAUUUUGAUAUUUUCCUUGGUAAUCUUUUUUGCUUUUCUUGUUUUUGUUUUUGUGGGUGUUAAAUUAGUGGUAAGAGGCAAUAUCUCCUACUUUUGGGUUUGUGUCUUCUUGUCUUGUAAAUGGAUCUAGCUUUUUAAGAUACUUUUUCUCUGGCCAAACUAAAACCGCCGACCUGAUUAUUAUUU